UUGCUACUUAUUCAGUCGGGCUUUGAGACGCCCUCUUCUUUAGAAGAAGCUUCAUCGACAAAUGAGCAAGCCUUCUCCUCUGCCAGUGUCUUUUCCAGUCAUCGUCUAGCUUUAGAUGCCUCUUCUCUCAACUUUCCUUCAAGUCGCUCUGCACCGUCGCCCUGGCCGUCACCUCUUCCCUCAAAUAGCAUGGCACUCAGGAGUUCAGAGGCUGGGGAGACUUUCGCGGCAACCACAAUUUCUCAAGCAACAGAACCCUGUUUGGAUUUGAUUACGAAGACGCAUUACAAUAGUUCUGCGGCAAGACCCAUUCGCUAUGACCGGAAGUCUUCUCACUCCUCUCUGCGAAAUCAUGAUUUUUCAAACCUUGAGAAUCGUGGCUGCCUUUUUUACACUCCAGAGGAUUAA